ACCCAGAUCAGGGCAGGCCUGAUGCUAGCCACCCCCACACAGCUCCUUUCUUCCCAAUCCACUUCUCAUUCUCCUUGGGAGGGAUUGAGGUCUUUGGAAAACAGCCAAAAAACUGUCAUGGGAACCAAAAGCCCAAAUAAUGCUCAAGCAUCAGGGAGAUCUGAAUACUGAAAGCCACUUCUGUUUCCCCCUCCCUCAGCGGAGGGUGUGAGAAAGGAUUCGCAAAGCCAUAAUUCUUUUUAGAAGGAUUUAGAAGGCAUAUAAAGUGCCCUGCCUGAGGACUUGAUUCCUCAUUCUGAGGUUGAUACCAGAAUUCUCAACUCUUUGCCGAGAGAGAAAAUGUCGGCCCAAGUCGAACAUCCUGCUGGUGGCUACAAGAAACUGUUUGAAACUGUGGAGGAGCUGUCCUCGCCUCUCACAGCUCAUGUUACAGGCAGGGUCCCUCUAUGGCUCACGGGCAGUCUCCUUCGAUGUGGUCCAGGACUCUUUGAAGUUGGAUCCGAACCAUUUUACCACCUGUUUGAUGGGCAAGCCCUCCUGCACAAGUUUGAUUUUAAAGAAGGACACGUCACAUACCAUAGAAGGUUCAUCCGCACUGAUGCUUAUGUCCGCGCCAUGACGGAGAAAAGGAUUGUCAUAACAGAAUUCGGCACCUGUGCUUUCCCUGAUCCCUGCAAGAAUAUAUUUUCCAGAUUUUUUUCUUACUUCCGAGGAGUGGAAGUGACUGACAACGCGCUUGUGAACAUCUACCCAGUGGGAGAAGACUACUACGCCUGCACAGAGACCAACUUCAUCACCAAGGUCAACCCUGAGACUCUGGAGACCAUUAAGCAGGUUGAUCUCUGCAAUUAUGUUUCAGUCAAUGGAGCCACAGCUCACCCCCACAUCGAAAGUGAUGGGACUGUUUACAAUAUUGGUAAUUGCUUUGGGAAAAACUUUUCAGUUGCCUACAAUAUUGUAAAGAUUCCUCCAUUACAAGCAGACAAGGAAGAUCCAAUAAGCAAGUCAGAGGUCGUUGUACAAUUCCCCUGCAGUGAUCGAUUCAAGCCAUCUUACGUCCAUAGUUUUGGUUUGACUCCCAACUUUAUUGUUUUUGUGGAGACACCAGUCAAAAUCAACCUGUUCAAGUUCCUUUCUUCCUGGAGCCUCUGGGGAGCUAACUACAUGGAUUGUUUCGAGUCCAAUGAAACCAUGGGGGUGUGGCUUCAUAUUGCUGACAAAAAGAGAAAAAAGUAUCUCAAUAAUAAAUAUAGGACCUCUUCGUUUAAUCUCUUCCAUCACAUCAACACCUAUGAAGACAGUGGAUUUCUGAUUGUGGACCUUUGUUGCUGGAAAGGAUUUGAAUUUGUCUAUAAUUACUUAUAUUUAGCCAACUUACGUGAGAACUGGGAGGAGGUGAAAAAAAAUGCCAGAAAGGCUCCACAGCCUGAAGUGAGGAGAUAUGUACUUCCUUUGACUAUAGACAAGGCUGACACAGGCAAGAAUUUAGUCACACUGUCCAACACCACAGCCACUGCCAUUCUGUGCAGCGAUGAGACUGUCUGGCUGGAGCCAGAAGUUCUUUUCUCGGGACCUCGACAAGCCUUUGAGUUUCCACAAAUCAACUACCAGAAGUAUGGUGGGAAACCUUAUACGUACGCGUAUGGACUUGGCUUGAAUCACUUUGUUCCAGACAGGCUCUGUAAGCUGAAUGUCAAAACUAAAGAGAUUUGGAUCUGGCAGGAGCCCGAGUCCUACCCAUCAGAACCCAUUUUUGUCUCUCACCCAGAUGCCUUGGAAGAAGAUGAUGGUGUGGUUCUGAGUGUGGUGAUAAGUCCUGGGACAGGACAAAAACCUGCCUAUCUCCUCAUUCUGAAUGCCAAGGACUUGAGUGAAGUUGCCAGGGCUGAAGUGGAGAUUAACAUCCCGGUUACCUUCCAUGGACUGUUCAAAAAAUCCUGAGCACAUUCAAGCAGGACACAAAACAUAGUCUGAUGACAAAACAUAGUCAGGUCUGCAAUGAAAUUCAGUUCCAUUUUAGCCUUCUGUACUUCAUACUUUGAGACUGCAGAGACACAUGGUUUUGCAGUAUUUUAUAGAAAAUACAGAGCUGACCAAGCAAUUCCCUUUAAAACAAAGUACAUAUUUAGAUGAACAUAUUUUCUCCGUGAGACACGUAGACCAUCACUUAAAGAAUUCUUUAUAUAUUUAGCAGUCGAAUAGAAAAAUGAAUGGGGGUUUAUUAAACUGGGUUUUAUUCCUAUUAUAAGAGGUUUUUUUGCAGGUGCCUACCUAUUUCAAUUCUUUUUCAACAUUUAUUUCUUUAUCAUUGCAUUGGGGGCUUAAUGGUUGAAUACAGAUGUUGACACCUGGGUAUAAUUUCUCAUCUCCCCAUGACAGGCAUCUGCAAAACACUCUCACCUCUGACAUGGGUCCACUUGCAUCAUUAUGGCCUGGGAUCCAACAACCUCUCUCCAUCCCCUAAGUCCGUCUUCUAACCCCAGAGAACUUUGCUUUGGUGCAGUACACCAUACCCAGUCCCAGUUUGGAGACAGAGUCUUCUACACCUGAUCUGUGUGUCACUUUACUGACUCGAAGCUGUGUCAUGUGAAGGGGCUUCAUUAUUAAAUGUUAAAGCAAGCUUUCCCAAACAGGGCCCCAUGUCAUAGGUAAUCAUACCAAUUAUAUAUGCACGCAUACAAGAAUAUGCCUAUAUCUUUUUUUUUUUGUC